AGUCGAAGGAUAUAUCAUACCGAUGUGACAAGAAAGAACUUACAUAAACCCUAAGAGAGGUCCACUCAUAGUGGUUAAAAGUCGAGGCUUUGACGAAGCGGACUGCCAGGGUUUAGCACAUUCCUCUCAGAUUGCUCGAAUCUCCACUUUUUUUUUUUAACCUUAGACCUGUGUGAUGCUCACUGUACAGAAUUGAAAAGAUACCAAGUCUCAACUAAAAUGGUGUGGUUCCAGUGUGAGGACUGCGGAGAGAAUCUUAAAAAGCCUAAACUACAGAACCAUUUUAGAAUUUGCUCAGCGUACAAGCUAUCGUGUAUUGAUUGUGGAUUCACAUUCAACAAAGAAAGUGUUCAGGCCCAUACACAAUGUGUCUCUGAGCAGGAGAAAUAUGGGCCAAAAGGAGAAGGAAAGGGUAACAGUAAUUCAGAAGCAAAAGAAAAGGCCCCUACAAGUCAGAAUUGCGAUGUUGAUUUGAGUAUUGGGUUGUCUACUCGCCCUCCCUGGUCUUGCAGUGUUUGCAAUGUGAAAGCUACAAGCAGGGAAACUCUUCUAUUGCAUUCUGAGGGAAAGAAACAUAGAUCAAAAGCCAGAGCAUUUCAAGCUAAUAAAUUAAAUCAAAAUGGCAAACCGUCUUUAAAUGGAAGCUUUUCUGAUGAUAAACUGGCAGACAACCUUCAUUCACAGGAACAAUCAAAAAUUGAGGACAUGCAAAGGGAAGAGAAACAUGAGAAAGUUAAAAGAGUGGAACCACAUAAUUCCCUGGACAAACAACCUGAUAACAAGCAAGAUGGUGCACCUGGUUUAAUUAAAGAAUCAAAGGGAGAAGAGGAACAUUCCAAGAAGAGGAAGAGAAAAGAGGAAAAAACCAGAUUAUUGGAUACUGUAAAUGUUGAAAAUAAGAAAGAUCUGAUAAGGCAGCAAGAUUCUUAUUUAGUGGAUACCAAAGAGGAGACUUCAAAUGCAAAAGGUUUUCCUGAAGUCAGCUCAAAGAAGGAAAGUAAAGGUAAGUCUGGAAUUAAAAUCAAGCAGACUCAUCCUGAAUUUGUUCAGGCAACUCCUGGCAAUGAAUGUGAAGUAGUUGAUAAAUGUCAGAGAGAGGACUGGAUUGAUGACACAGUGGCCAAUGCAAAUGGAAGUGCUAAAGAACCUUGUAACUUACCAGUGAAAUGGAAAAAGAUCAUUAAGUCAGUCUUGAAGUCGAGUCCUGAUGGAAGCUUAAGAAUUAAGAAAUUGCAAAAGGAAGUCAUUCCUCUUGCUAUGAAGGCUCUUGAAUCAGCUGGAGUCUGUGCAGAUGAAGACUGUGUGAAGGACAAGUUUAUGAACAAGGUUCUAUCCAGUUCUAUGUUUGUUGUGGAUAAAAAAGUUGUGCGGUUGGCCUAGAUAGAACUUACUGUGGAGAGAUGCUUGCUGGAAGGUUCUUCUGAUUUUUCGAAUUAAUGUGUCAGCAUAUUGGCAACUUAUCUGAAUUUCAGACAUCCAUCUCUUUCUUAUUUAAUGGUUCUGGCAAGCAGUAUUUACCUGAAUUAUUGUGUAUUUAAAUGUAGAAAUUCUUGGAGAUUUCCAUCUAAGGAUUUCUCUGGGCUUCAUUUUUGUAGUGUUGGAAAAGGAGAUUUAUGUGUGGGCUUACUAAAUGUCCCAAAUCUGCUAAAAAUCACAUUGACUAGAGGCACAUUUGUCAAUCUGUUGUUGAGUUUUCAAUUCAUUGAAGCUUUCAUUCUUGGUGACAA